CGGGGGAGUGCGCCCGCUGAGGCCCCACCAUGACGGGCCGCGUGUGCCGCGCCUGCGGCGGCACCGACAUCGAGCUGGACGCGGCGCGCGGCGACGCUGUGUGCACGGCCUGCGGCUCGGUGCUGGAGGACAACAUCAUCGUGUCAGAGGUGCAGUUCGUGGAGAACAGCGGCGGCGGCUCGUCCGCCGUGGGCCAGUUCGUGUCGCUGGACGGUCCUGGCAAGCCACCAACCCUGGGCAGCGGCUUCCAUGUGAACCUGGGAAAAGAGUCAAGAGCACAGACACUGCAGAAUGGGAGGCGCCACAUCCACCACCUGGGGAGCCAGCUGCAGCUGAACCAGCACUGCCUUGACACUGCCUUCAUCUUCUUCAAGAUGGCCGCAAACAAGAGCCUCACCCGCGGACGCAAGAUGGCCCAUGUGAUCGCCGCCUGCCUCUACCUGGUGUGCCGUACAGAAGGCACGCCUCACAUGCUCCUUGACCUCAGCGACCUGCUUCAGGUGAACGUGUACGUGCUGGGGAAGACAUUUCUGCUCCUAGCAAGGGAGCUCUGCAUCAACGCACCAGCUAUAGAUCCAUGCCUCUACAUCCCACGCUUUGCCCACCUGCUGGAGUUUGGGGAGAAGAACCACGAGGUGUCGAUGACAGCCCUGAGGCUGCUGCAGCGUAUGAAGAGAGACUGGAUGCACACGGGCCGGCGGCCCUCAGGCCUCUGUGGAGCAGCCCUUCUGGUUGCAGCGAGGAUGCAUGAUUUCCGGAGAACUGUCAAAGAGGUCAUCAGCGUGGUCAAAGUGUGUGAAUCCACGCUGCGGAAGAGACUCACAGAAUUUGAAGACACCCCCACCAGCCAGCUGACCAUCGACGAGUUCAUGAAGAUUGACCUGGAGGAGGAGUGCGACCCCCCCUCGUACACAGCUGGACAGAGGAAACUGCGGAUGAAGCAGCUUGAACAGGUCCUGUCAAAACAACUGGAGGAAGUUGAAGGUGAAAUAUCCAGUUACCAGGAUGCCAUUGAGAAUGAACUGGAGAAUAGCCGGCCAAAGGCCAGGGGGGCUCUUGCCAACCUGUCAAAAGAUGGCUCUGUUGAGGAUACCACAUCCAGCCUCUUUGGCGAGGAGGACGCUGAGGAUGAGGAGCUGGAGGCAGCUGCCAGCCACAUGAACAAGGACUUUUACCGGGACCUUCUGGGUGGAGGCAGCAGCAACUCGGAUGCAGUAGAGAUCCCCGAGGAGGGCGGCCAGCCCUUGGCCCUGGAGUCCCUGCUUGGCCCGCUGCCCACAGCAGCCAGCUUAGGCAUCUCAGACUCCAUCCGUGAAUGUAUAUCGUCCCCAAGCGGGGAUCCCAAAGACGCCUCGGGGGACGGUGAGCUGGAUCUCAGUGGCAUCGAUGACCUAGAAAUUGACAGAUACAUCCUGAAUGAGGCAGAAGCCCGGGUGAAGGCAGAGCUGUGGAUGCGGGAGAAUGCUGAGUAUCUGCGAGAACAGAGGGAGAAAGAAGCGAGAAUAGCGAAGGAGAAGGAGCUGGGCAUCUAUAAGGAGCACAAGCCCAAAAAGUCUUGCAAGCGCCGUGAGCCCAUCCAGGCCAGCACUGCCAGGGAGGCCAUUGAGAAGAUGCUGGAGCAGAAGAAAAUCUCGAGCAAGAUCAACUACAGCGUGCUUCGCGACCUCAACAGCAAGGGUGCAGGUAGCCCCCAGAGGAACGACAUGCAGCCCACCGAGAAGGGCAAUGCCAGGAAGCUGUCAUGGAGGAGAGUGGUGGCCAGCAGGAGCGGGGCCGACCCUGGGACCAGUGUGGGGAAGAGGUUGAGGCCUCUGGUGUCUACACAGCCAGCUAAGAAAGCAGCCGUGGGAGAGGCUGCAUUUCUGAACUCCCCUGCCCUGGGACCCGAACUGGCCAGGCCAGCAGCAGUGCUGGUGGAGAGCGGCCCAGUGUCCUACCACCCUGAGGAGGUAGCUGACGAGGAUGAUGCAGAUGAGGAUGAUGGGGAACCCUGCAUCAGUGCCCUGAAAAUGCUGGGCAGCAAUGCUUAUGGUUGUGAUGGCGAUGAUGAUGAUGGCUACUGAAUGUGACCUCAAGACCAGCAGCAUCCUGAUUGGACCCUGAGCACAUCUCAUGGGGGCUGGCGGGACCCCCAGGCAUGGACCCCAAGACUUGAGGCCAGCCAGCACCUCCUGCUUGCUUGGAUGCUCUCAUCCCUCAGCCCAUGUGGCCUCCAUAGCACUUAACCAUGGGACCAUGUUUGAGCAACGUAAGGAGCAUUUCUACGCAGUAGGGGAAGUUGGACCAGCCUCUGUCUGACAGGACAUGGCCAGGGAGCCCCUGAAAGCUGGGUUCCAUCGUAUGGCCCAGCUUGCUGUUACUGGCCCAAUGGAGAACCCUCAGAGGUGGGCACUAUCAUGUCCCCAUUGUGAGGAAACAAACAGGAGCCCCUGGCCCAGCUUGCCAGCCCUGUACUCCAGGAUUCUGCUCUUGUCCCACAGCCUGAGGGCCCUGGCCUUGUGCAGUGAGUCCAUGGGGGCAGCCAGCUGCUUCUGCACUCUUAUCACCACAUGAGUCUAGAGCCAGUCCUCUGCCUUGAGCCUCCUUCCAAGAGGCAUGAGCUCCCCACUACCUCUGGGACCCCCUUACUGUAAGGCAGCACAGGGGCAACACAGGAUAAGGGGUCUGCACCUGGAGCUCAGGGGCCAUCCUGGAGCUCAGGCCUCUUCACCUGCAGGGCCUUGAGCCCUGCCUCCCUGUCUAUGGCCCUAGGGUGAAGAAAGCAGGGCUUCUACCUAAUUUAGGGCAAGGACACUGGCCUCCAGGUGGGUGGGCUGGGUGUCCUAUGCUGCUCUGCCUCUGGGGCAAGACCCAAGCCAAUGCGGAAACAGCAUGUUGGGGCCUGAAGUCCUCAGCCUUCCUUUUGCCCUGCCUAUACCUACAGCCAGCCUAGUCCAGAACUGCUGUGCUUCAAGUGAACUAAUGCAGAAAGACCUGUAUCUGAGCAGAAA